CAUCCCUGCCUUUUUUUUCUGUGCAGAACAAGGAGGAGGCUAACGGCAUCUUUAAAAUCACAGCACUAAAAAAAGAAAGAAAGAGAGAUAAUUUUCAUUGAAGAUGCUGGGUGAAAAAAAGAGUGGAUCUUUAGAUAUGUCUUCAACUGAAAUGAGUGCAGCCGUACCCAACCAUCGAAGGACCAAGCCCGGAGCCACGUCUCCCGAUUCCAUUACAGGCAUAAAGCCCGGAGCGGCUGCUAACAGUGGCGUGACUGGACCGACUUCCCAGAUCCCAGGUCUGUGCCAGACCGCUGACACGGCCGUCGGCCCGGCGGAGAGGAUCAGCGGACGCCGAGUCGGGAUUUUCGAGUCAGACUCAGAUUACACCAAGCUCGCCAAGGGGGGCGGACAUAAAGGGCUGUUGAGUCACGAUCUCGAUGUCGAUGUCGAGGACAAACCAAUGAAAUCCUACAAUCCACCCAAGUGGUUUGGAGGUGAUGAGUCAAAGAGCGGAGGCAAAGCAACAUCUCCCGGCAAGCAGCUUCUGACUGCACCGUUUGGCACUGAUAACGGUUCGUCCUGGGAAAAAGAGACUGAUAGAUUUUCCCCUGAUAAGGAGAAGAUGUCCCCUGAUGGCAUCGCCUGUGAUAUGGAGGGUCUGUCCAUGACCAACAAAUACAAGAGAACGUGUUUCGAAAAGAAGGCUCCGCCGGUCAGCAUGACCAAGCUGCUGAGUCACGGCUACGUGGAGGAGAAGAACAAGUCUCCCAACGACGACGACACUUCAAGUGUGACUUCGGAACAGACCAGCACCGUGGCGACGGAGGACGCGGAUGCGAAUGAUCUGGAGUAGAGAGCGAGGCGUUACAGGUGUUCUGGUCCUGAAGGAGGAAACUAAAAGCAAAGGGGGAAAGGGAAAGGGGGGGGGGUCUCGUCCUAACACUGGUUCACUGGUGUCACACAAAUCCACCAACAACACCACCCCUCUCUGGAUUCACUCACAUUUAGUGUAGAUCCACUGACUGUUAGGUUUUUGUACUUCAUGUUUAUGCAAAGGUACUGUGUCCUUCUCUAUUUAUUUGCUUUAAUUUGUAAAAAAGAAGAAUAAUUAAUUAAUUCACGCAGGUUUUGUUGAGUAGAUGUGUCGGUGCUCGCUGUGGUUUCUUUUAAUUAUAAUAUUGUCGUUUCCUCGAUUUGAAAGACGAGCUGUGAGCAGGGAAGGAAACUAACAUUUUAUAUUUAAAAGCCAGAUUUAUCAUCAUCAUCAUCGUCACUGCAUCUGGCUGCUGGCUGGUGUUAGUUUCCUACUCUGGUUGUAUGAAGAUCAAGUAAAGACAAUUUAUUUUAAUUAAAAACAAACAACAACGUGAUUUGUGCGUACGAAUUGUGGUUCCAGUGACGUGAAAUAUUACUUGUUUCGAUCAAGAGCUCCUUCGCUCUGAAGGGAUUUUUUUGUUUGUUUGGUUUUUUUUUUUGUUAAGAGGUUUGUGUGU